CAUUGUGGACCGGUGUAUGCAAUCAUUCCUAUUAUUGCUGAGUUUGAAAUAGCAGAACUACUGAAUUGCCUUGAUAUUCCAAAGUCGAAAUUAAAGCAUUACCAUUAUGCCUCAAGACAUUCUUAG